AUGGACGAAUGCGAGGAUAACGACGACGAGUCGAUGAUUGUGCAGCAAAUGCCGUACUUCGUCAGGGUAUGUUCAUUAAUCUUCUUUCAAAGGGCGUAUGGCCCUGGGGGUAAACAAGGUUUCGGACUUUGUCGUGGAAAAAAGUAAGUCUGAAUUUGUGUAAUUAUCAGCUGAUUUUCUCACUGAAAGCUGCUUUAUCCAGUGUUCUUUGCAUUUCUUUUUAGGAUCUUCAGCAAGAUUCAAGUUUUGGGUUGACUUGAAGAGGGGUUUUGAAGUGCAUGUGUUUUUUCACUUGGACUCUCUUCCAGAAGAGUUGAAAAUUUUAAUUUUUUUUCCCGCAUUCAGAUGAUCUUCAUUUAUGUUUUUUCAAAUAUUCGAAAGUAUGCCACAUUUUCCGGCUUCCUUCCAAAAAAGCUCAGACAGCAUAAUUUAAGCUAUGAUUUUCUCGAAAAAAAGCUCGGGACGCUGGAUUUAUUUUUCUUUAAUUUUUCUUUCUGGGGUUAAAUUUUUUUAGGUUUCUCUUAAUUCAAUUAUUUUUUUUAGUGUACUCAAGAUAUACGGAGCACUUUUUUGAAAAUUUUCCAUCAGUGUAAUUAUCAGCUGAGUCUCUCAACAGCCGCAGUUGUAUUAGCGUUCUUCGCGUUCUGUUCUCAAGAUAUUUUUCCCAAAGCUCCAGCUGUAUUUAACGUUUUUCAAACGUUAUUUCUGAUAGUUUGAGGAUUUAAUGAAAUCAAAAUAUUCAGCAUCCCAAGCUGAAAUUUUCCUCUUUAUGGAUUUAUGAUGAAACGUGUUUUUAUCAUAAAAUUAUUGUUUCCAUCAUUUCUUCAAAAAAGAAAUUCCUAUCUGAAAUCAUUAGAAAAUCGGGAUCAUGUGUUGAUUUCACCGUUUUCUUGAAAUUUCUGCAAAUUACCACAAUCAGAACAUUGCCAUGUCUUUUCAACUUUUUUGAAUUUUCGAGAAAAUCGAGCAAAAUAAAUGAGUUUUUGUUUACGGAAAAAUUCUUCUGUCUUCCGCCGAUUGAGAUCAUCUAUCAAAUGGGCGGCACGCGCACCUGUUCAUCUAAUGUCAAGAUAAUGAGAAUUUGUUUGGAUGGUCAUUUUUCAGCGACAAAUUGAAGAUGAUUUAUAGGCUAGAUCUGUAGAACAUAAAACUGAAACGCAGAGAAGUUGAACUAUUUUUUUUUGGAAAAAAUUUUUUUCCGAUUUUAUUCGGUAGUAAUCAUGGUUUCUAAUCGUAUCAGAAACUAAUAUUUCGUUGCCCAGAAGAAUCAGCUGAGUUUAUAAGAACGAGAAACAAGCUAAUCAUUUUCAAGGUAACAUGAACAGACUUUUUGAAAAAAAUUUUAAUCUUCAAAAAAAUUUUCAAUUUUUUUAAUGAAAACCUCAUAGAUUCGACAAAGGUGUUUUAUAACAAAAAAGAAAGCACCAAGAAAAUUUUUCUCGCAAUGGAAAGUUUUACUCUUUGAUGAUCGGAAGGUUCGAGUUGACUGAUUGCCGGAUUAUCGAUAAGCCAGAAGCGCCGCGGCCAAAACAACAAUACCAAGAGCUUGAGAAAAUAUUUAACAAGAGCUUAAAGACCAAGAUCAACUCAACGAAAUCAAACGUAUUAGUUUUUUUCGGGGCGGGCUAGCCGCGAAAAACCCUUCAAAGCGUCUGAGACGAUGCGAUUUUGCAAGUGUAAGCGUCAGUGAGACACCACGUGUUAUUCGUAAUUUAUGUAUGACCUUGUAACUAUUUCCGUACGAUUAGCAAACAAAUUGUUGCAAUUUUUGAUAAAACGAGGAAAUUAAGGUGCAACAUGGUCGGUUGCAAAAACAAUGCAUUUUUAUCAAUCGCUUAUCAACUCUCAAAUUGAACAUUGAGCGGCUUCCUUACCUUUCAUUCAGCAUUUGUCGCUAAUUUGAAUAGUUCUUCAUUAACAAGGUUUGAUGAUUCUCUAUUGAUUUUUCCCCAAGAAAAUUGCAAAAAAACCUCUGAGGUAAUCGCCUUUUUUGGCAAUCUUUUCAUGAGUUUUCGCUUUUGUGAGGUUUGUUUGCAUGUGUCUUGACCCGGAACACGGCACAAACUCGUUUUUUUCUGCCAUGAAAUAUGCUCCUUUUCUUUUUUCGCGUAUUCACGUUUUAUUCGAUUCGACGUUUUUUUUUAUUUCGGUUUCCAAGCUGUUGUUCUACAGAAAUAAAGAAAUCAACCUGAAAGUCACACGAGUGUUUCUUCAUUUUUGAUCCAUGAAACGAAAUGCAGGUGAAUAAUUGAUACAAAAAAUUGAUGAAAAGUUUUUCGGGAAUUCGUGAUUUUUAAAUCUGAAAUGGAAUAAUUGCACUUUAAAAAUAAGACAAACUUUUUUUCACCCUCUCAUUAUUUUCGACUUUGAACACGCCCAUAGGAAGGAAAAAAGUAGACUGACAUUGUACUCAUGUCACGAUACAUCUAGAAAUCAUUAAUCAUCGAGUUGUCCGUCAAGGUAAUGUUGUAAUACCUGGCCAAAAAAAGAAAUAGAAGAACACUUAUAAGACAAGAAAAAGUGAUAAAAGGUCUUCAGAGUGACACCGACUUGCUGCAUGCUGGCGUUAACAAUCUACCGGCCGAGAAUCACCCUUUGAUUUAUUCCGACCCUACCUUGCUGUACAGUCAAAGUGAUCCAGUUCCUUCGGUUCGUUUUGAUUUCGAGUUUUCAAUGACUUUUUCUCCAUUAUCGAUUGACCUAUAACCCUUUAGCCUUUUUUGAAUACUCAACUUGUAGAGUUUUUCAAACUUGUGAAACGUCUCUUUUUCAUUUAUGUGCGUAGUAAUCAUUUUUUUGAAUUUUUUCAUGAGGGGAAGAUUUCUGCUUAAAACAGCACUUGAUGAAAAAAUUUCAAGUUCAAAGUUGAACUUUGAAAAAUUUACUUAUUCACAAUUGAUAAUUUAUAUUUCAUUCAUCCCAUUUUUUUAUGAAAAAAAGAACUGUGGUCGGAGAAAAAAAGCCAAACUAGGCCGUCAUUCUUCUCUGUCACUCUUCUUUCCACUUUUUUAGUUUCUAUUGCUUAUGAAUAACUAUUUAUCGUACUAUUCCUGAAGAAAAUUUUACUUGAAAACAAAAUUGCGCGAAAAGAGAUGAAAAGUCGAUGAUUCAGGCCCCCACUCCAACUCCUACUACAAAGCUCCCAUCGGAACUUUCUUUUGACAAAGCGAGCAUCACAACAUCAAGAACCAAUCAGUCAACGGAUAGACUUCAGUUGCCGCCGUGAGCUUCGAAAACAAAAAAAUUCAGAACAUAAAUAAAGUUUCAGAAGCGCUGCUCGACUCAGAAGUGAAAUGGAGAUUCGCAAUCAGCACUAUCAGAAGCAAAAGCAAUAUGCUGCGGAAAGUCAGAGGCAAAGAAAUCUGACGGACAUCGACUUUGAAGGUAAAUUGAUGGCACAAAAAAAAAACAAUUUUUUUUGGUUUUUAGCUGGUGAUUUUCUCACUGAAUUCUCACUUUGAAUGUGAACCCAAAUCUAGAAAACUUGUGACCUUGAAAGUCGCCCACCAUAAAUAACCUGCGAUCUGACAGAUUUAUAAGUUUUCAGGAAUCCUCAAUCUGAUCGGAGGAUGUUCAACGUGGCAAAUUCUGAUCUAUAUGAUGAUUUCGGCUCAACAAGUUCCUCACGCAAUGUUCAACUUGAGCGUCGUCUACAUGAUGUAUCAACCUGAUCAUUGGUGCAAGGUAUUGUUCGAAGUUUGAUGAUUCAAGAAAAAUAAAAAUAACAAUAAACCACGAGAAAACAAAGAAAGAGUUUGUCUUGCUAUUGAAAAAUGGCUGAAAUUCUUGUCGUCCUCGAAAUAAGUAAAGUACUGAUCUUUUAUAUUUGCUUGAUCUUGAGCGGUUUUUCCUCAUUUCCUCGUUUCCGAAGUGCCGUCGUCAAUAGUUAGGCCUCGCUUGCGCGGAAAGUUGGAAGUCUUGAGGAAUUUCAUUAGGUCUCGGAAACCGUUGCGUGACCACAACGCGUUGAUCCAUGGUUUUAAAAUCUGCAGCGAUGAAAAUUCUGAAUCAUUGAUUAAUUAAAAAACACUUCAACUGCGAGUGCAGAACGCAACUUCAAAAUAUCUUGAAUUUUUUCAGAUUCCCUUUUUCAACGCCGAGUCAUUCAGUGCUGAAGACGGAUACACGAACUAUACCUGGGAACAAGUUCUCGACUCAGAAAUCGCCUUUCCUAAGGUUUUUCAAUAAAAUAUUCAGCUUUUUCUUCAAGUUUUAAGUUCAGACUUACAACAAACAACGCGCCAGAGCUCAUCAUGACCAGUGUCACUACUACAAACGCGACUACGUCCACAUCAAGCUUCUGCCUUGGGACAAAGUAUGAAAAAUCUGUUUUAAAAAGAAGUUUAUUGAUCUUCGAAAAAAAUGUAUCAAAAAAAGUUUCAAUGUGUUUCUGAUAUGUGUUCUUUGAGAAGAUGUGUGAAAUGCUGUUUUGAAGUUAGAAAGACAAAUCUAAUAAAUUUUGAACUUUCGAAAACCGCAAAGUGCUGACACAAAAAAACAAAAAAAAAGGUUUCCAGAGAACUCAUUUCGAAAAAUCACAUUGUUAGAUUAUAAUAUUUUUUGAAGACGGUUGGUAAUUUUUAGUAUCACAAAAUCACUUUAGAAUAAUUAUAACCUCCUGAAAUUUGAAAAAAACCAUCUGAAAAAAACUUAGUAUACUCUACUCUCCAGGAAAACUUCAAGAAUUUUAUCCAAUCAUUUUUUUUCUCAAAAACAUUCUUCGCAGGUGAGAAACAUGACGAUCGAAGAAGAUACACCGAUCAUCAGGUGUGCCGAGUGGGAAUACGAUACGACGGUUAGUUCGCAACAUUUUCCGUCAAUUCUAAUCAUUCCGACGGCAGGUGAUGGAAAAAUCAGUUGUGACUGAAUGGAACCGGGUUUGCGACAACAACUGGAGCCGUGCUCACGUACACAUGAGCUACUCCCUAGGAUAUCUUCUUGGCUGUCUUGUGGGCGGUUUUGUCAGUGACCGGUCAGUUUGAGAGGAAACUAAUUGACGUGGAGAAGUGGAGAAGCUCACCAUCUCGUGGAAAAUGAAAGAGAAGGUGUAGUGAAACAGCAGAAAAAGUCUAAAAAUUUGAGAUCCAUGAAGUUAUGUGAUUAUUCGAAAGGUGCCAAACUCCAAAAAAGAUGUAUAUUUCUAAAUAACUUGACUAAGAACAAAGCUUCAUUUGAGCAGUUGAAAAGAGUGAUACGGUAAGGGAAGAAUCUUUAAAAGAUCCCAAUCAAUGUUUCGAGCUCUACUGAGUCUUGCUGAGAUAAAAAAAAAGUCAAAACCGACAAUUUUUUCAGUUUUAAUGAAUUUGCAGAUAUGGAAGAAAAACGGCUAUUUACGGGUUCGGCUGUCUGUCGCUAAUUUUCGGUUUCCUGCUCACUUACUCAAGAGAGUUCGAAAUAUUUCUGGUUGUUCGUUUCCUUCUUGCCGCUUCGAAUGAAGCCGCCGACUUGGCGGCUUACGUACUUUGUAUGGAAAUUACCGGUGAGACCAACAUCAACAGAUCUCGAUUUAUUUCAUUCCAUUCAGGUGUCAAAUACCGAUCAAUUGUGGGUUCUUUGCUUCAAGCUCCUUGGGCGUGUGGGUACGCGUUUCUGGCUUUAAUUGCCUACAUGACAAAAUCUUGGACGGCCAUCCACGUAAUUUCUGGAAAAGCAGAGAAAAACCUAAUUUUAUGAGUUUCAGAUGAUAACGGUGUUUCUGCACUUUUUCGCCAUGAUUCUGAUCCAUUUCUUGCCUGAAUCUCCUCGAUGGCUCAUUCUCAUGGACAGGUGAGUUACUUCAUUUCUUUUGAAGUUUUGAACACCCGAUGACUUUUUUUUUUGAUAAAACAGAAUUUUACAGAGUCAAAGACGCUGAAAAAAUCAUCCGCCGAGCAUGUCAGUUGAACAAAAGCAGGCUACCGAGUGAUUUGGGCUUGGUAUGGCAUUUGAUUUGAAAAUAUGGUAUCUAAUCGGAUUUUUAUUUUGAGUCGCGUAAUUCAAAUUGAAAAGCUAUAAAGUUUUUUUUCAUUCAUACAAACAAAAACUUUCGAUCGAAAGGGGUUUUCACUCACAGUGGAGCUUUGAAAUAUGAUCAUCUUUCAUUCGGACCACCCAUUUUUUACAGAUUCGUCAUGCAGAGAAAAGAAAAUGGAUGAAAGGAAACGAACGGCCUUCAUAUUUUCAUCUUUUCCGAUCCUCUGAGCUCCGAUUCCGCAACGCCACGCUCUUCGUCAUUUGGGUUUGCUGACCAGAAAAAAUAAUAAAACCCAUGAAAAUAUUUAGAUUGCCACCGCUUUGGUAUACUACGGUUUAGUCAUCGCCCUGUCGGAUCAAUCUUCUCCCGGACGGUUUAAAAAGGAUGUAAUUCAAUGAGGGAAUUCAAUGUUUCAGAAGCGUAUUCGAUGGUAACUUCUUCUUGAACAACGCCAUCGCCGGAUUCAUUGAAUUGCCCACGCUUGUACUCUGUGUAUUCCUUCUGAAGAUGGGAAGGAAAAAGUUUGUUCAUUUUUCUCCCAUAUUUUCAUUCUGAUUGUUUUUGACUUGAGCUUAUUUCGUAUACUGACAAAAACGAUCUGUAAUUUAUUUUUCAAGAAACCUAGAAAAAAAAGGGUGCUUAACUGUUUACCGUUUUCUAACCAUAAUGCUGAAUAUUCCUCUUGAAGGUGAUAUGAUGUAAUGAUCUUCAGGUCCCAAAUGAUAACGCUUUUUGGAGCAGGAACUUUGAUUCUGGUUGCUGUGAUCACGAGUAAAACCAAAAGGACAACGGUUAGAAUAUUCCAUUACGUUGACAAAAUAUACUUUUUUAUUCAGAUUGCCCUGAUUUUCAUGUUCUUGGGUAAGGCAUGCAUCCAAGGAGCGUUCAAUAUCUUGUACAUUUUCACUUCCGAAUUGAAUCCUACUGUAGUCCGCAACAGCGCUGUCGGCAUUUCUUCUAUGGUUUGUGGAGUUUAAUUUGAUUUCUUAUAGUGGGAGGUAGUCACGAGCUUCAAUAAUUCUAAAGUGUGUUGAGAAGUUUUUUUGCAGAUAGGGCUUUUCAAUAAGCGAAAAAAAUAUUUUUUUAUUUUUUUCACCUGAAAUUUACUAUCGUACUAAAAAAACUUUUUUUCACGUUUUUAACGGAUUACCUAAAAAUCAAAAUGAUUCAGAUAGCACGCAUGGGCGCUGGUGCUUCUGGAUACAUCGCUAUCCUCUCUGAUGUCACGCUUCCACUUGUUCCUAUGAUAAUUUUCUCCGUUUUCUCACUAGUCGCUGGUUUCUUGGUCAUUUUCUUGCCAGAAACCCAAGGUCUUCCAUUGCCCGAGACGAUUUGGGUCAGUUUUUUUUUUCAAUCAUCGCACUUUAUUCAGUCUUGAUCUUAUUUUUCUGAUGAUAUCAUUCCAGGAUGCGGUUAUCAUGUACACUUCGGACAAGCAGGCUUGCCUAAAACAUCCUGAGAACCCAAUCAAUACGAAAGAAGGAGAGCCUCCAGGCCAUGGACCUUCUGACAAGACCAUCAUGACUGAUCUUGAUUCGAUCGGCACGGAGGAUGAUCUCGACGUCAGGGACGACUCUAAAACAAUGCUUGAGCCUAAGGCUGAAUCCCCGAAAGUUCCUGAUUCUUGA